AUGGCUGAAUUAAAACAAGUUAGCUUCACGCCAGAUGUAUUGGCAAGAAUAGCACCGGAUGUAUCUUUACAACGCCACCUAUCUAUUGGAAUCAGACCCAAUUUGCGCAACUUCACUGAAUUCAAAGCAGUUGCUUUUGGCAAUAGUCUGCAAUUGCAACAAAACGAAAACAACAUUUUUGCAUCAUCGAUUGUGAAAAGUGGAUCCACUACUGUCAUUACAACAAUAAGUCUUGGGAUUCUUGAAGAUUUGGGCAAUCAAAGCAGCCAACAGGGGCAACAUUUUGCCACUGUUUACCCACAAGUCGAAAUACUUCGAGGUAGAUCUGGUGCUCCCACUGAUGAAGAAAUGAUUGUUAGUCAGGACUUGUUUGAAACUUUUAGACAUUGCAAAAUUAUCCCUGAGGAGAGUUUGCGUAUUGAAAAUAUCGGUAUCAAGUUGAAAGAUGAAGAAACUGGUGAAGAAGAGAUUUUGUAUCCCGAUUUAAAUGAAUCACAAUGGCAAUAUGUUAAUCUAUCAAGUAUGCAUAAUAAACCAUUCCAAUUUGUCUUGUUGGCAAAUACAAAAGUAUACCUGAGAGAAGUGUCAACAAAUUCUAUAUUUGAUUUAUGUUUUGCUUCGAUUUUGAAAGCAUUGCAAGGUUUACAGUUGCCCAGAUGUUUUGUUAAUGAUUCAAUAAGUACCAAAAUUUCCAUCAGAUCGAGAAAAUCAAACGCAAGAGGGUUAAUUGAUACCAAUAAAGGUGUUUUGAAUUUAGAUUUGAGACAGGAAUCUCAGUACAAGCUACAAUUGAAUGUGAAACCAGGGACAAUCUCAAGCAAUUUCGGUAUAAUCAAGUUGGACAAGAGAAAAGAGCAACAUGGGGAUGCCAUGGAUGUAGACAGUGAUGAACCGAUCUUAUUGACUGACUUGGAAGGCGAAGCAGAAGAAUCCACCAUUUUAUCUAGAAUAUCCAUCAUCAGUAAUUCACAAACGAUAAACAAAAUCAGUUUGGUGAGUAAUGGUGAUAUCACCAUGGAAACACUUAGGCGAGCUAUCGACAUAUCCAAACAAAGAGCUAGCAUAGAGACGUAA